AUGGCUUUCUUCUCUUACCUUCCGAUCCGCAGCUCCGCCGCACUGUACAUUUCUCAUCGACUCUUCGACAGAGAAGUCCAAGCCUUUCUAUCAUUCCUCAUGUUUUCAGCCAUAAAGAUGGUUAGGGAGGAAACGUGGGAGGCCUUCGUUGCAGAUAGCUUACUUUAUGCUAAGAUCUUUCUCACUGCGGUUUCGUUGGUUAUGGAUUAUCGAGUUGCAGUCUGGUUCUCUGUUAUAUUCUCAGGUGGGGUCUUUGUUGACGAAUAUUAA